UAUAAGGCCUCUGGAGAGGAGGGGCUCCCACUGUUCCUGGGAACGCCCGAGAUGAAGACAGCCCUGCUGUUCCUUGUUGCCCUGGCUGUGGCUUCUGGGCCAGCCCAGGCUCUCCGCUGUCACAUAUGCACAAGCUCCACCAACUGUAAGGAACCUCAGACCUGCUCAGUCAACUCAAAAUUCUGCAGGACCGUGACCAAGGUGGAGCCCCUAUCUGGGAACCUGGUGGUGAAGGACUGCGCGGAGUCGUGCACGCCCACGCACAACCUGCAGGGCCAAGUCAGCAGGGGGUCCUCGUCCACCCUGUGCUGCCUGAGCGACCUGUGCAACGAGAAUCUGGAGAGCGCUGCGCCCGCCCGUGCCCUGCUCACCAGCGCCCCCCUCGGCCUGGCGCUGGCCCUGGGCCUCCUCACCCUCACCUGGGCCCCCAGCCUGUGACCCUCGGGACCGGGGCCCCACCCCCUCCUCUCCCUGGCCUGGAUGGGGGCUCCCCUGGAAGGUCUAGGGCAGGGCGGCGGUGCGGCACGAAGAGCUGCUGGCUUGGAGCCGCGCCUCCCCCAGCACAAGAGGACGCCCCUCCCUGAGCAGCGGGGGGAGGAGGGGGGACAGGAGGCAUUCGGCUCCCUUCAGGCUUCAUAUUCAUUCUGUUUGGUUUCCGUUUAUUUUUCUAACCAAAGCCCUGCACAGGAAUAAAUGGUUGCAAACCAGU